GGCACGUACAUGCACGUGUUUGUUGCUUUUAAGUAUUUAAUAUCGUCAAAUAAAAAAAACAAAGAGAAUUCCAAACAAAUUACUGGCAAAUCCGUUUUAAAUGCACAGUAAAAGAGUGUGGAGCUGGAGUAAUGGCACUGUCACAGGUACAGUGCCUGGAUGACAGUCACAUCAACCUGAGAACCAGCGAAUCCAAACCGGACUUCUUCUACAGCGAGGAGCAGAGACUUGCGCUAGAGACACUGAUACACGAGGGACGGGACGCCUAUGAGGAUCACAUCAAAACCAACAACAUUCGCUGUUUUCUAUCGGACCUUGAACUCGAGAGGUUUCUUAACACUGUGGAGGUGUACAGCCCGGGAUCCCCUCAUGAUAAUGCUGAACUGUAUGGCGAGAGUGAUGGAGAAGAUGUGUCUCUCCAGUACUGGCCCGACCUCUCGGAUUACUCUAUCCCACAGCUGGAUAUCGGGUGGCCCGACUGGGCGUCAUACCGUGGAGUGACCCGUGUUCAAGUGUACACUCAACCUCCUUAUGACGGUCAACCACACAUAAAAGCGGUGGUCAGAAAAAUGAUCGGCCAAGCACAGAAGGUUGUUGCAAUCGUCAUGGACUUAUUUACAGAUAUUGACAUCUUCAAAGAUGUUCUGGAUGCAAGUUUCAGACGGAAGGUUGCUGUGUAUAUUAUAUUAGAGAGCGCAGGCGUGACGCACUUCCUGAAAAUGUGUGAUAAAGCAGGCAUUCACACAGGACACCUUAAGAACUUGAGGGUACGCAGCAUCAGAGGGGCAGAAUUCUUCAGCCGAUCUUCAAAGAGAGUGUGUGGAAGUCAGAGUCAGAAGUUCAUGUUUAUUGAUGGAGACAAAGCAGUAUCCGGCUCAUAUAGUUUCACGUGGUCUGCCUCGAGACUGGACAGAAACCUCAUCACUGUGCUGACCGGCCAAACGGUCGAGAUCUUUGACAGCUUGUUUCAGGACAUGUAUGUGAUGUCUAAUGGGGUGUGUCUGAACAAGAUCAAUCUGGGAAGUGAGCCUGAACCAGAGAUCCUCCCUCAGCAAGGACCCACUCUAUUCCCCACAACUAACACUGCGUUCAAGCUCAUUAACCCAAAAUACACUCUGGUCACUGGCUACACGUUCACUACCAAUGGACCUGACCAGACAAAUGGCAAAAAUGACAUCGCUAAGAAUGAAAAAGAAUCAGUCAAACAUAUCAUAGAUGCGCCAGCAUUACCACCGAUUCACCCGGGACUACUCAACCUGGAGAAGGCAAACAUGAUCCAUUACGUGCCGACCUGGCCCGAUCCCGAACCACCAAGUGAUGUCAUUGGUUUCAUUAACAUAAGGGACGCCAACAAGCCAUUGCAAGCAAAUCUAAUGCGCUCAGAGCUCUUUGAAGUCUCUCAGGCCAUCCGAUUUAAGGAUAGUAUUAGAGAGCCAAAAGAGCCUGUGAUGGCGCAUCCCAUAUCCAAACCCCCCUGUGAUUCUGAAGCUCCAGCUCAGACACAAGCAUGUACAGAAGCCCAAAGCAGGUCAGAGGAGACAGAGAGGAACGUUGAAUAUUUUGAUCAAAAUCAACAACAGGAGAGCAGCCAGAGCGAGGAUCUUAUCUCGCCUCUACAAUCUCCACAGCCUGAAACGGUGCAUGUGCUUACAGGCAACAGAGAAGAUAAAGAAGCAGCAGAUGUGAUGAUAAUAAAGAAUGAAAACAUUCGUACAGACUCUCUGGAUUCUAUUUCUUUUGAUGCUAAAGACGAUACAGCAAGCUCGGAAAUAGAGCAAAUCCUGGAUACUCCGCAAGCUCUCCAAUGUCCUGCCCAAACCCCAAACAAUCCUGAUGUAAAAUCAAUAUCAGACUCAUUCGAGAGCCUAAAUGGCAAAGUCAUAAUUGAUGUGGAUACAGAACCAGUGUUAGCAGUGGAUGAGAGACAGCAGAAUGGGUGUGAUACACACACUUCUAAAACAGACUCCAACUUCUCUUCCUUGUCUGAUUAUUAUGAUUGUUUUAGUCCUCUGACUGAUUUGAGGUCUGAAAGUGAGGUUUCGAUACGAGAAAUACCAUCAGAUUUACAAUCACAUAAUCAGAAAAACAUCCAACAAGAGCGGGAAUUUCCUUGUUUAAAUUCCUUCACAACUCAAGACACUACAGAUAAAAUGACCUUAUUUACUCCAAAACUUUUGAAAACAUCUUGCAGCAUUGUUUUCAAUUUCCCACCAUCCAAGUCAAACUCAUUCUCACCUGCACCUUUCAAGACCACCCCUGUCCAAGAAAGUUUAAAUGGCGAAGGUGCAGUAACAACUUCAGAGGAAUACUUUGAGUGUAGUGAUACGGUGGGAUUUGGGUUUGACGGUAAUGUGAUGGAAACAAGCGCACAGCUCAAAGUCAAUGAGUUCAACCGAAAUGAACCACAUGACACAGACGAAGACUCCAUACCAGCUGUAACACUACAAAUACAGAAACUGACAGAAAAGAGCAUGCAGGAAGAUGAUAAACACUGCGACCCUGAGUUGAGCUGUCAUAAUGUGACAGGAAGUGGAUCAGAGAAACAAUCUGUAAUGGAGAUGACAGUCAACGGUCACUUGGAGGCAAACAACCCUGAGACUGUUUCGAGGACUAACCAUGAUUCUCUGGAUCAGACGGAUGAAAAUAUUCACAGAUACCAUACACACAAGCCUGAAGUUACACAGGGUCCAGUAGUACAUACACCUGAGAUGAUAUUAGAAAUACAACCUGAGGAACUGGAAACUGAGAAAACACAGUCUGAGUUUAGUCUAGAUUUAAUGUGUGAGGGAGAGUCUGUACAGACAGCUGAGAAAACUGAAAAACAGCUCAUGUUAGACUUACAACCUGACUUAAAUCUAGAUUUAAUGUGUGAGAGACAGUCUGUACAGACAGCUGAGAAAACUGAUAAACCACAAAUACAGCCUGAGGAACUGAGAACUGAAAAAUCGCCACGAAUAGACUUUCAGCCUGAGGUAAACGUACUUUUAAUGAGUGAAGGAGAGUGUGUAAAGAAGAUUGAAGAACAACUACAGCUAGACUUACAACCCAAGUUAACUCUGGUUUUAAUACGUGAAGGACGGAUUGUACAUACAGUUGAGAAAACGGAAAAAACACUAACACGAGACUUACAACCUGAAGUAAAUCUAGAUUUAAUAUGUGAAGGAGAGUCUGUAAAGAACGCUGGGAAAACUGAGAAACCACUAAUGUUAGAUUUACAGACUAAGUUAACUCUAGAUUUAAUAUGUAAGGAAGAGUCUAUACAUACAGUUGAGAAAACGGAAAAAACACUAAUGCGAGACUUACAAUCUGAAGUAAAUCUAGAUUUAUUAUGUAAGGGAGAGCCUGGAAACAUAGCUGAAAAAUUGUCACUAACAGAUUUUCAGCCUGAGGUAAAUGUACAGUUAAUAUGUGAGGAAGAGUCUGUACGGACAGCUGAAAAAAACGAAAAACCACCAAUCUUGGACUCACAUUUUAAGAUUAAAAAUGUUAUUUGUGCUUCAAUCCUCAAACAUUCAGAAUUAAAUGGCUGCGAAUCACAGUCAGCAACAGACGUUGAAUCUGUCGGGGUUUCAGCAGUACAGGACAAAGCAGCUGUAACUCCUGUAAUACCAGAGAACACCACUGUGACAAAAUCCAUAGACCUGCAUAACAGCGAGGGACGGCAAAACCUAUUGGCUGAUCUAGAGUUUGAAUCAAAACAUCCACUCAACCUCAAAUCUGCCGAACAUGUCAGUGAAUUAAAGCCAAUGAAUGUUGCGCACAGUCAAACAGGGUUGAAGGAGAACCCUGAGGAGCUCAGCACCAUAGAAAACCAUCUACACCGGCCUGAAGAUUUUGAAACAGUUGAGUUGUUGAUUCUGGAGGAUUGUGACCUCCAAGAGAUCGAGGAAAAAGGGAAGAACCGUUCAGAUCCCAGAAAAUCAAAAACCGCAUUGAGUGCAGAAGCAAAACUGCAAAAAAUCAAGCCUGCAGGACUAAAGACGGUUGAUGUUAGAAAGCUGACAGAGAAUAAGUUUGAGCUUUACAGUAAUCAUGCAAAGCAAACAUGUCAUUUGACAGCUCCGGUGAAAAAGAAAGAAAGGGAGCGUGUUUCUGCCAUUCAGGUGAAAAAGAACCUGCCGGAGGCAAAACCAAAGCUGCAUUGUCAGGUUAAGAAGCAACCACAUCAAACAUCAAACAGAAUUCCUGUUGCUAAGGAAGCCAGCGGAGAGAUAUCUGAAUUACACAUCACCAAAUGCUCACCAAGACACCCAGCUCCUAAAGCUGAAACACACCCGCCUGGACAACCACCCGGUCACAGUAACCCCUGCAAUACUGCCUCGCCAUGUCCUGGAGAAAUGACACCACUGAAGUCUCAGCAGAGAUACCCUUGGGCAGUCUCUUCAAACGGUUCUAUCCCAACCCCAAAACAGCCUCAUGUCCAGUCAAAUAAAACUAAAACCACACAAUCUGACCAGCAUGUCUCAAGGAAUCUUUCUGCAUCCAAAACAUUAUGUAGUUCAUCUUCUGGAACUUCAUUUCCAAGAAAAAUCAGAAAUGUCAAGCAGACAUUUAAAGAGACUCCUGCAAGCAAAAAGAAAAAAGAAUGAGGAUAAUGUUUCCUUGUUGACUAUUUUUGUUACACAUUUAAUGAUCUGCAAUAGAAAACAAAAGGAAGCCACUGUUGUUUUUUGUUUUUCCCCUACACAAAUAGGUUUUACUCGUUAUGUUUGUGUCUAUAAUGUACAUAAUGUAUACAGUCUCAGUAAUGGUCGCUUAAACUAUUUUUGAUUAGAAAUAUUGAGAUCAAUUUUUAAAUCAUCAUACACCAUAAACUGCAUUAAGCUUUAAAAUAAAUUAUUUCUUGGUUGAAUUUUAGGCUGACAUGGAGUUAGUGUGUGAGGAUGUUAUUUCUUUAUUUCUUCACUUAAAGUGAUAAUUCAGACAGAAAUUAAUAUUCUGUUAUCAUUUAUUCACCCUUUAUUCAGACUAUGUUGUUCAAAACCUGUAUACUGUACAUCAAUCUUUA